GAGAAACCCUACAUGUGUCCGUAUGAAGGCUGCAAGCAAGCGCUACUCUAACUCCAGCGACCGCUUCAAACACACCCGGACUCACUAUGUGGACAAACCGUACGGCUGCAAGAUGUCCGGCUGCCUGAAGCGCUACACCGACCCCAGCUCGCUGCGCAAGCACAUCAAGGCCCACGGGCACUUUGUGGCCCCGGGGCUAGGGGGCACAAAGUGCCGGCCGGGGGUGGGAUUCCUGGGGCUACAGCAGGGUGAAGCGGCCCCUCUCAGCGGGGCCCAUUUCCUCCUCCACGGGGCCUUUUUGGGGGGCUUCGGGGCGCCUCUUUCCGCUUACUGCCGCCUCGGCUGCAUGGGGCCCCUCGGCCUCUCCGACUCCCCCCUGAUACACUUCGGACUCUCGGCGGUGUCCAUGCUGGGGCUGGGGGCUCUGGGGAGGGGGGUGUCGAACAGAGAGGAGGAAGAGGAGGAGGAAGAGCAAGAAGUGGAGGCGUUAAAUCUGUCUGCAGGGGGGGGCCCCGGACUGAGGGACCCUCUGUCCUGGGUGCUGGUUCCCCAGAGUGCCCUGCUCCUCCAACCAGCUGUUGUUAGAUAGGAUGUGCAAGGUGCUCUUCCUGUGUGUGUGUGUGUGGUGUGUGUGUGUGUGUGUGUGUGUGUGUGUG